GCAGCGCUUCCUUCCCUCCGAACCAGUUCCGGUGUUGCGUUUCCGUCACAUCGUCCAUUUUCACAUAAUCGCACAUGGUGCCGCACCGGUCGAUGACCGUCAGCCUCUUAGUUUUUUGGGAUUCUGCUCUGUAGUGGCGAGAAAUCCGUCUCGUAGUACCUGAUAAAUGCAAGAUACGGUGGAUAUGGUGGACGACCCCGAGUAUGACGAGGAGGAGCCUUCCUUCAGCGACCCGGAGGACUUCGAGGAUGACAUCGAAGAUGAGGAGUUCUUGGAAGACAUCCUGAGAGAGAAGCCCCAGGAGGCUGACGGUAUAGACUCGGUGGUGGUGGUUGACAACGUCCCCCAGGUCGGCCCAGAGCGUUUAGAGAAACUCAAGAAUGUCAUACACAAGAUUUUCUCCAAGUUUGGCAAGAUCACCAACGAGUUCUAUCCAGAUGCUGAUGGCUUGACCAAAGGGUACAUCUUCUUGGAGUAUGGUGGUCCUACCCAGGCCCUCGAGGCGGUAAAGAACGCAGAUGGAUACAAACUCGACAAACAGCAUACAUUCAGGGUCAACCUCUUCACUGACUUUGACAAGUACAUGAACAUCAGUGAUGAGUGGGAAACUCCAGAGAAGCAGCCAUUCAAAGAUUUUGGUAAUAUGCGCCAUUGGAUUGAGGACGCAGACUGUCGUGACCAGUACAGUGUGAUCUACGAAGCCGGAGAGAGGACCGCCAUUUUCGCAAACGAUGCUAAGGAGCCAAUCACAGCUGAAGAGAGAGCACGCUGGACAGAGACGUACGUCCGCUGGUCUCCAAAAGGCACCUACCUGGCCACCUUCCACCAACGUGGCAUUGCAUUGUGGGGCGGCGAGAAGUUCAAACAGAUUCAGAGGUUCAGCCAUCAGGGAGUGUCCCUCAUCGACUUCUCACCAUGUGAGAGGUAUGUGGUGACUUUCAGUCCACUGAUGGACACCAAGGAGGACCCACAGGCCAUCAUCAUCUGGGACAUUCUAACCGGACAGAAGAAGAGAGGUUUCCAUUGCGAGAGCUCUGCACACUGGCCCAUAUUCAAAUGGAGCCACGAUGGGAAGUUCUUUGCCAGGAUGACCACAGACACGCUGAGCAUCUAUGAGACUCCAUCUAUGGGCUUGCUUGACAAGAAGAGUCUCAAGAUUACCGGAAUCAAGGACUUCUCAUGGUCUCCUGGUGACAACAUCAUAGCAUUCUGGGUCCCUGAGGACAAAGAUAUCCCAGCCAGGGUGACUCUGAUGCAGUUGCCUUCCCGUCAGGAGAUCCGUGUCCGCAACCUCUUCAAUGUUGUCGACUGCAAACUUCACUGGCAGAGAAAUGGAGAUUACCUGUGUGUGAAAGUGGACAGGACUCCUAAAGGAACACAGGGCGUGGUCACCAACUUUGAAAUCUUCCGCAUGAGAGAGAAGCAGGUUCCUGUUGAUGUGGUGGAGAUGAAGGAAGGCAUCAUAGCGUUUGCAUGGGAACCCAACGGCAGCAAGUUUGCUGUUCUCCACGGAGAGUCUCCUAGAAUCAACGUCUCCUUCUACCAUGUCAAAAACAACGGCAAGAUCGAGCUCAUAAAGAUGUUUGACAAGCAGCAGGCCAACAGCAUCUUCUGGAGCCCCCAGGGACAGUUCUUGGUGCUGGCUGGUCUCAGGAGUAUGAAUGGAGCUCUCGCCUUUGUGGACACGUCAGACUGCACCAUGAUGAACAUAGCAGAGCACUACAUGGCCUCCGACGUAGAGUGGGACCCGACCGGCCGCUAUGUCGUCACCUCCGUCUCCUGGUGGAGCCACAAGGUGGACAACGCCUACUGGCUGUGGACGUUCCAGGGGCGUCUCCUUCAGAAGAACAACAAGGACCGCUUCUGUCAGCUGCUCUGGAGACCCAGACCUCCUACCCUGCUCAGCCAAGACCAAAUCAAGUUGAUAAAGAAGGAUCUUAAGAAAUACUCAAAGAUCUUUGAGCAGAAGGAUCGUCUGAGCCAGUCCAAGGCUUCUAAGGAGCUGGUGGACAAGCGCAGGUCCAUGAUGGAGGACUACCGUCGCUACAGGGAGACAGCGCAGCAGACCUAUCAAGAACAGAAGAAUGCCCGCCUCGAGCUCAGAGGAGGAGUGGACACUGAUGAGCUGGAUAGCAAUGUGGACGACUGGGAGGAGGAGACCAUUGAGUUUUUUAUCAACGAAGAAAUCAUUCCCCUCGGAGAUCUGUAGUCCCCCACGCAGUCCAUCCGUUUUUGUGUGGAAGGAGGAGAGAGGAACUGCGUCAUUGAUUGGAGAAGGUCGACGACCACGCAGUGAAUUUUGGGGUUCCCGAUCACGAGCCCCAACAUUCAACUUUAGUGACAUCAUCAAAGCACGCCUUGCGGAUCAACAACCACAUCAGGGGACAAGAGAGGAUACUUUGUAUUUGAUAUUUUCUCUUUGUCUCUCACCAUCAUCCGCCCCAUUUUUUUUUUUUCUCUGUGGAACUUGAUAUUUAGUACUGCCUAUUUUUUUCUAUUCAUUAAUCGCAGUCACUCACUCUAAUCUCAGCCCUGUGUCUCUUAUCGGACCUUCUUUUUUCCAGGGGUUGUUUUAUGAACUAGCCUCACCAUGCUAGUGUGUUAUCACAGGGCAGCACAGAGUGCCAUACCAGUGGGGGGUGAAGGCGUUGUGACUAAACAAGUAGCCUUCUUUAUAAAUGUGCUGAUGUGGCGCUAUAGUGCACUGUAUCCUCCUCCUUUCAGACUAGGCUUUCACACAGGGAGGGGGUGCGCAGUGGGAAUAACUUUAAAUAAACAUUCAAACACAAUACUA